AUGAUCGAUACUGGUGCCACUCAUUCAUUUAUCACUCAAGGUGCCCUUAGCACAUUAUAUCAUUCAGCCAUACCCCCAUGUGAUCGUAUAGCUCAAUUAGGUGAUGGUCAAACCACGCUUAAAAUAGUGGGUGAAGUUCAACUAUUCUUGCAAUUUAAUAAAGUUUUUACGCCUUUAAAUGUUCUCGUCGUCAAAACAAUGAAUACAGAUUUUAUACUUGGCAGUGAUUGGUGUACAAAAAAUGCAGCAAGAAUCGAUUAUGAAAAAAAUCAAGUGUCUAUACGUUCUUCAUGUGGUCGUAUAUUUAUUCCAUAUCACAAAAGCAUCGAUUGUUUAACUUUAGAUGUCAAAUCAAUUAAUGUUAUUCAUAUACCUCCACGUGAAUCAUACACUGUUCAAGCCAAAGUCGAAUUAUCAUCAGCUGAUACCGUCUACUUCUCGCCUGUCGAUCCUAUACAAUCCGAAAAAUCUAUUGUCAUGUCACCUUCGUUGUUACACAUAAAUAAUUAUACCACAUAUUUAGAAGUAUAUAAUCCACAUGAUUAUACUUACACAUUACCAAUGAAUACUCUUCUAGGUCGAGUAACACACACACCGUAUGAAAUGCAUUCAUGUUUAUUAUUUGAUACAUCUCGUGACACUUUGUCGUUAUCGCCUCAACAUCAUAUUUUUAAUACAAUUGAACUAGAACAAAAAUCUUCUGAAACAUCGAACACAAUUGAUAAAUUAAUUACGCAUAUUAAAAAUGUUCCAGAGCAACAACAAUUACGUUUAAUAUUACAACAGCACAUGAAAAUUUUUGAUAUUUCGAAAAUUACACAAGCCAACACGCAUAUUCAACACACUAUUAACACCGGUGAUAGCCUUCCGAUUAGCUCAAGACCAUAUCCAAGAACCAUCGAACAACGACGUGAACUUCAAGAUGAAAUCCAAAAAAUGACACAAACAAAUCAAAUUCGUCCAUCAAAUUCCCCUUGGUCAUCUCCAGUUAUUAUUCACAAGAAAAAGGAUGGUGGUAUUCGAUUUUUAGUGGAUUAUCGAAAAUUGAAUUCGGUGACCAAAAAAGAUUGCUUUCCUCAACCAACAACUGAGGAAUUACUGAAUCGAUUAGGUGGUCAUCGUUUUUAUACAAAAUUAGAUCUUAAAUCGGGCUAUUUCCAGCUUCCCAUACAUGAAACAGAUAAAGAAAAAACAGCUUUUAUUACUCAAGAUGGUUUAUGGGAGUUCAACGUUCUUCCACAGGGUAUUAUGAAUGGGCCACCAACUUUUCAAAGAACUAUGCACAAUCUUCUUGGUUAUGGCCGCUGGGAUUAUGUUAUGGUUUAUUUAGAUGAUAUUUUGAUAUUUUCACAUACAUUCAAUGAACAUUUACACCAGUUAAACGAAAUUCUGUCAAUAUUAGCUAAAGCCAACUUUCAAGUUAAUCCUGAUAAAUGUUCCAUUGCUGUUCAAGAAAUCGAUUUUUUAAGCCAUACAAUCAAUGAACAAUGCAUUAAACCUAAUGGUGAUAAAAUUAAAGCUAUUGUCGAUUUACCAACUCCAAAAAC